AUGUCUGAGGAACUAAGCAACAACUUUGAGACGCUGCAACUCCACGCGGGGUAUGUUUUUGUCUUUCCUUUCAUCCUCGGCCCCGAUGGCGGAGCAUUUGACUUUAGUGAAGCUGUCAAGCCGACAGCUGCAAUUGAAGCUGAAGUUGAUCCUACCACUCGUUCUCGAGCUGUCCCAAUUUACGCCACAACUAGCUAUGUAUUCAACGACUCUGCUCAUGGCGCCAGACUCUUCGGCCUCAAGGAGUUCGGCAACAUCUACAGCCGUCUCAUGAACCCCACCGUCGAUGUCUUUGAGAAGCGAAUGGCUGCUCUAGAGGGUGGUGUCGCUGCUCUCGCCGCAUCUUCAGGCCAAGCUGCCCAGUUCCUCGCCAUCAGCACCCUCGCCCACGCUGGCGACAACAUCGUCUCUACCUCUAACCUCUACGGCGGCACGUACAACCAGUUCAAGGUCUUCUUCCCUCGUCUGGGCAUCAACACCAAGUUCGUUGAUGGUGACAAGCCUGAGGAUAUUGCUGCGGCUAUUGAUGAGAAGACAAAGGCUGUUUAUGUUGAGAGUAUUGGAAACCCCAAGUAUAACAUCCCCGAUCUGGAGGCCAUCUCCAAGGCGGCCCACGAGAAGGGUGUUCCCGUGAUUGUUGACAACACCUUUGGUGCUGGUGGUUACUUCAUCCGCCCCAUCGACCACGGCGCUGAUAUUGUCGUCCACUCUGCCACAAAGUGGAUCGGCGGUCACGGAACCACCAUCGGCGGUGUCGUUAUCGACUCAGGCAAAUUCGACUGGGGCAAGCACGCUGCUCGCUUCCCCCAAUUCCAUGAGCCCUCUGAGGGCUACCACGGCCUCAAGUUUUUCGAGACCUUUGGCAACAUCACAUUCAUCAUCCGAGCCCGCGUGGAGAUCCUGCGUGAUGUCGGAUCGACCCUGAACCCCUUUGCCGCCCAGCAGCUGCUCCUCGGUAUCGAGACUCUCAGUCUGCGCGCCGAGCGACACGCCCAGAACGCCCUGGCUCUGGCUCAGUACCUCGAGAAGAGCCCGUAUGUCGGCUGGGUCUCGUACCCUGGCCUCGAGAGCCAUCCUUACCAUGAGACGGCCAAGAAAUACCUCAAGAAGGGCUUUGGCGGUGUCUUGAGCUUCGGUGUCAAGGGUGGCGGUGCUGGCAGUGAGGUUGUCGACGGCUUCAAGCUCAUUUCUAACUUGGCCAACGUUGGUGAUGCUAAGACAUUGGCCAUUCACCCCUGGAGCACGACUCACGAGCAGCUCUCCGAUGACGAGAAGCGUAGCUCUGGUGUCACCGAGGAUCUGAUCCGAAUCUCAGUCGGUAUCGAGCAUAUCGACGACAUCAUUGCCGACUUCGAGCAGUCUUUCAAGGCGGCCACGGAUGCUACAACCAAUGGUGAGAAGACAGAGAUCCCUGCAGACGGUAAGGAAGCCGAGGCUCCUCUCGCCCCUUAG